AUGAAAUCCAAUAAUCCCACGAAAACUGACUUUUUGCUAUUAAAAUUAAAACUCAAGUUGGGAGGCAUUGAUGUAUCUGUCCCUGCCUGUAUUUCUUGCUGUGGAUGCCGCAUCGCAAAACAUUUGGCAAGCAUUCAUCUUAAGGCUAUUGUCGACACAUCUCUUGUGCGCCUUGUUAGAUUGUGCAGUUCAGUGCACUUCGAAGUCGCAUUUGCAUUUUUGAAUGUGCGUUUCCGCUACACUUCACACGGAAAAUGUCAUAUAACGUGUAAAUAAGAUACUGCGCGUUUGAUGAUGGACAUGUCAAAAUCAAAGUUUAUUAUUAAUGCUGCUAUGUUCUCUUUAUUUUAAUGUAAACAAGGUAAAAUAUGGUAUUCCCUUGGGCAGUUUUCUGUCCCACGUUUUGAUAAUGAAGACACUGACGUCUCCACUAUGUUCUAAAAAAUGGUUUAUGACAUCGGUCAUGUGAAAUAAAUGCUUAUUGAAACCGCCUCGCCUUAAGGAUAAGCUUAUGAAUGUUACAAAACAACAGAAAUCGUUAGCAAAGUAAUGCUGCAGUAAAAAUAUUUUUUAACAAAAUGACAAAAUAAACAUUAAGUAAAAACGUUGUAAUUUUAUUUUUCCUUUCUGAAUGACUUACACUGUUG